CAGAUGCAACAAACAACCCAAGUCUGGUUUUUUUUUUACCCCUGGUGCAGGGCUCUCUGGGCUCGAGUGUAGUCAUCUCCUCUGCACGCUGUUUCAACACAAUGAUCAUGGCAUCAGCCUUUUACAAGUUUGGGUACCAGUCGUGUAAACUGAGUGGUCCUGGUGCAUGCAAACAACCUACAGCCACCGCCGCUGCUAGCGGCGGCAACGGUGUCCAUGCCCUAGCGACAAUCACGCGCAGGAACUGGAGGUGCCGGAAUAUGGCUACCACAGCAAGUGGAACGACGACUAUGGCCGUGGCCGGACGUCGGCGAGAGAAGAAGGACGACGUGGUCGAGGGGGAGGACGAAUGGCGCAGCUACCUGGCUCCGGAGAGGCUGGAAAUGCUGAGACAGAUGGAGCCGUGGGUGGAAGAGCACGUGCUACCGUUGCUCAAGCCGGUGGAGGCGUCGUGGCAGCCGUCCGACCUGCUACCGGACCCGGCGAAUCUGGGCAGCGACGGCUUCCACGCCGCGUGCCUCGAGCUCCGAGCGGCCGCGGCGGGGGUGCCGGACGACCUCCUCGUCUGCCUCGUCGCCAACAUGAUCACGGAGGAGGCGCUGCCCUCGUACCCGAGCGGGCUGAACCGCCUCGAGGUCGUGCGGGACGCCACGGGAGCCGACGCCACGGCGUGGGCGCGCUGGAUCCGCGGCUGGUCCGCCGAGGAGAACCGCCACGGCGACGUGCUCAACCGCUACAUGCACCUCUCGGGCCGCUUCCACAUGCGCGAGGUGGAGCGCACCGUGCAGCGCCUCAUCCGCGACGGGGUGAUAGUGCACGCGCCGGCGAGCCCGUUCCACGGCUUCGUCUACGUCGCCUUCCAGGAGCGCGCCACCGCCAUCGCGCACGGCAACACGGCGCGCCUCGUGGGCGCGCGCGGGGCCGGGGACGCCGCUCUCGCGCGCAUCUGCGGCACCGUCGCCGCCGACGAGAAGCGGCACGAGGCGGCGUACACCCGCGUCGUGGGCAAGUUCUUCGAGGCCGACCCGGACGCCGCCGUGCGCGCCAUGGCGUACAUGAUGCGGCGCCGGAUCGACAUGCCCACUGUGCUCAUCAACGACGGCCGCCACAGCAGCGGCGACUUCUACGCUCGCUUCGUCGCCAUCGCGCAGCAGGCCGGCACGUACACGGUUUCCGACUACCGCGCCAUUCUCGAGCACUUCAUACGGCAGUGGGGCGUCGAGGAACUUGCGGCGGGGCUCACCGGCGAGGGGAGGCGCGCGCGGGACUACCUGUGCGCGCUGCCGCACAAGAUAAAGAGGAUGGAAGAGAAGGCCCACGAUAGAGCGGUCAAAGCACAAAAGAAACCCACACCCAUCCCCAUCAACUGGAUCUUCGAUAGGACCAUUCCUGUCAUUCUACCUUAGUGUUUAUCUUUUUCGAUCUUUGUUUGGGUAUCUAUGCUGUUAUUGUAAGCUAAUUCCAUGGACCUUGAUAGCGUCGUUCAUGCCUACGUGUCGAUAGCAUCAUUAGUGUCGUUCUACCCUUAAUCCUGUUAUGCCACGUUAGGUACCAUUUUUUUCCAUAAGAGAAUAUUUACAAAUUUAUAAUUUGUUGGAUCGAGGUGAUACAGGGAACUUAAAAUGCUCUCAGCCUCUGCAUUACGGUCUUACGAGCUUUUUACAUGGUUGAGACACACUAAUAAUAUUUAAUUUAUAGACAAAA